ACCUGAACUCCAGACCUGAACUCCUGACCUGAACUCCAGACCUGAACUCCUGACCUGAGCUCCAGACCUGAGCUCCAGACCUGAGCUCCAGACCUGAACUCCAGACCUGAGCUCCAGACCUGAACUCCAGACCUGAACUCCAGACCUGAGCCCAGACCUGAACUCCUGACCUGAACUCCUGACCUGAACUCCAGACCUGUGUUCCAGACCUGAGCAGUUGGAAGAUGAGAAGUUUGGUCCUGGUCUCACUGUGUUUCUCAACAUGUCUGCUCCUGGCUGACAGCCGGCAUCCAACCUGUAACUUCAUGUUGGAGGUGGAGAGAGACCAGCUGGAGUGUGUGAAGCGGCUGACGGAGGAGGAGGGCGGCGGCGGCGGCGGCGGCGGCGGCCCAAAAGUCGCUGGCUGCAAAGGAACGUGGGACAACAUCGCGUGUUGGGAUCGAGCCGAGAUCGGAGAGACGGUCACCAUCCCCUGUCCUCGAGUCCUCAAGACUCUAUUCGGCAGAAAUGGGAACAUCAGCAGGAACUGCUCGUCUGCCGGAUGGUCGGACGUUUUCCCAAACAUCAGCAGUGUGUGUGAGUCGGACACGAGCCAGGACAAGCUCGUCUUCUACGUGGUGGUGCAGACGCUCUACACUCUGGGUCACAGUCUGUCUUUGAUCGCCCUCACCACAGGGAGCGCCAUCCUCUGCCUGUUCCGGAAGCUCCACUGCACCAGGAACUACAUCCACCUCAACCUCUUCUUCUCCUUCAUCCUGAGAGCCGUGGCCGUGCUGGUCAAGGACGACAUCCUCUUCAACCGAACCUCGCAGUGCUCCAACCAGUCGUCACUGGUUGGAUGUAAAGCCAGCCUGGUAUUUUUCCAGUACUUCAUCAUGGCUAACUUCUUCUGGCUGCUGGUGGAGGGUCUGUACCUCCACACUCUGCUCGUCGUCAUCUUCUCCGAGAACAGACACUUCAUCGUCUACAUGUUCAUCGGCUGGGGAAUCCCCACUGUGUUCGUCUUUGCAUGGACGAUGGCGAGGGUUUAUCUGGAAGACACCGGAUGCUGGGAGAGGAAUGACAACCCUACACCCAACUGGGUGAUCAAUGGACCUAUUGGAUUCUCCAUUAUGGUGAAUUUCAUCCUCUUCAUCAGCAUCAUUCGGAUCUUGGUUCAGAAGCUGAGGUGCCCUGACGUGGGCGGCAACGACCAAUCACAAUACAGGAGGUUAGCCAAAUCCACUCUCCUGCUGAUCCCUCUGUUUGGGAUCCACUACGUGGUCUUCGCGUCGCUCAGUGAAUCCAUCGCAGAAGAUUAUAAAAUAUUUUUUGACCUGGCCCUCGGGUCCUUUCAGGGUCUGGUGGUGGCCAUCCUGUACUGUUUCCUCAACAGUGAGGUCCAAGGCGAGCUGAAGAGGAAGUGGAGGAGCGUGUGUCUGAACUGUCGUCCGAGCAGAGAUCGCCGCUUCAACAGCGCCUUCGCCUCCAGGAACGGCUCGGAGCACAUGAUGCAGUUGCACCGCAACUCCCGAACCCAGUCCAUCCUGCAGUCGGAGACCUCGGUGCUGUGAGGACUGGACACCACAACAAAUGCAGUCUUCAGGUGUCAGCUUUACAAACCUCUGUGAGGCGUCGUGGAGGCGCCGUGACUGGACCUCAAGGACCCUCGGAUCUGUCCUAUACGGGCGUGCAAGUGAGAGAGACGCAGUGUUUUUAGUUCGUGUUGAGAGUCGAGACAUUUGAAGCCAACUGCACAUUUAACCUGCUCUUCCUGGAGCCGUGCACAUGAGUGAGGUAUGACAUGUAUAUAUUUUAACUUGUAUAUGUUACACGUAUGAAUUAAAUAUUUAUAAAAUAUAAAUGGUGCCAUUUAUCUCUUCAGGGACGGCACAGCUUUUGGCUUUAGGAUGGAAAACAUGUCCCUUACUGUCUUAUUUUUACUGUAUCAACGAUAGAAAUACACAUAUUUAUAUAGCUGAUAAAUAAACAGGGUAUUUAAAAUAAGCAUAUUUCUCAAAUGAGAACUAUAAGGCCAUAGAAACAGACGAUGUGUGUUAAUGGAAGUGAAACAUUUAAGAAAGGAAACAACUAUUUCAUGCAAAGAGGGAAAUGUUUGCAAUACUGUAAUAAACCAGUCAGCGUAACUGACCUGGAAGAAAUCAAUCCCAUCAUAAUAUCAGAUGUAAGACGAGUCCCAGUGAAACAGCAGCAUGAGUCGUCUUUCAGGAAACACAGACAGAGGAGUUAAACUCUUUCCCAUGGCUUCCAUCUGAUUCUACCCAUUCUCAUGCUUUACCCAACAUUAACCACUGAGGUAUAAAAUCUGAAAACACUUCUGAAUACUUUGUCGAGCAAAGUAUUCCGCCGUUUAAUUUGGAGGAAUUGUUGAGGCCAAAAGAUCCAGUGGUAAAUUCCUACUUCUUUGCUGCAUCCACACAACGACUGCAUGUUCUCGUUUAAAACCAUCAGCUCCGUGACAGAAACGCCGGGUGUCCACACGACUCCGGAGUUUCAAAGCCGCUGAAGCGUAGAAACUUGGAACACGUGGACAAGUUCUGUUUCGGUUUGUAUCGCUGGAUGUCUCAGAAACUACCUUGGUCCACGUCAGUGAAAUCUGACAGAAAUUCAGGCCUUAUUCAUGCCGCGGUACACAGCACUUGCAUGAUAAUCUUGGUAUUUGCCUUUUCUUUUAUUGCCCUUGCUGCUUGUCAUCGUGUGAUUUUCUUGGAGAUUUUAAACUGUGUCAAGCGAUGGCAACAAAAAAGGAAAAGUCCGCUUUUUUUUGUAAUGUGCUUUGUUUUUCUUUUUCCUGUUGUGUGUUCAUCUUUGCCACAAGACAAAGAAAUCUGGUGACACUUGACUUAAGAAAUACAGAUUGAGUCUAUUUUUUGCGUGGUCCCAUUUCCACCACACACAUCCCAUUAAUAAGAUCUUUGGUGAACAAAGGUUUAAAGCUGCUUACUGUCCUGAAUUGUUCUUCUUGAUUUGAUUUAACUUUGCGGCCGUUCCCAUUUUAUACUAAUCAUAUUUCAAAAUUACAAAAAUGUAAUGAUUUAAGUUUAUAUAGCAGCCAGACCCCGCCUUAAAACUAAUGACAAAACACCAAAAUUAAAUUAAAUCGAAUUCUAAGAUGUUCUAAGAAUCUAAGAAUCUGCUUGCGUUAAUCAGAAGGAGCAAAAUAAGUAAAUGUUUAUAUAUUUGGCAACAAUUUUUUGUAAUUAAUUUCACAGGUGUGGUAUUUAAAUGGAGAUUAACAGGGGGCCGAGGUUUGAACCUUGGGGAACUCCACAAUUCAAA